CUAGCUUGUGAUCUUCACUGAGUGGCUGAACCUCUUUGAUCCUCAGUUUCCUCACCUGCACAUUGGGGGUAAAAAUACCAAUUGAGUAUCCCUAAUCUGAAAGUCUAAACCCCAAAAUGCUCCAAAACGCUAAACAUUUUGAGUACCAUUACUUUCCAAAGUUGAUCUGCUCUGACAGUUUGUUGUUAGGAUGCAAGUGGGGUUGGGAGUGUAGGUCCUUGGCAGAGGGUAGAUACUAAUGUACACAUGCACACACACAUACACACAAACGAUCACUUUUAGGUUAUAUGCAUAAUCUUUAUUUGAAACAUAAAUGAAUAUAGUGUUUAUACUUGGGUCCCAUGUGUGUGUGUGUGUAUACCCAAAAUUGAAAAUCAUCUGAAAUCGAGAGUACUUAUAGCCCUAAGUAUGUCAGAUAAAGGUUACUCAACCUAUAUUAUUUAUCACACCAUGCCUAGAGAGAAACCCUUCCUGACCAUCUGGGUAGUAAGCACUCACUCCGGUUCUCCCCUGACUCCUAACAUCUUUAUGUCCUGUUGUCAUUUUCAGUAUGGCUCCCUGCCUCACACACUGUAAGUCGUCUGAAGACUGUUACUCUUCAUGAUAUAUUACUCAUGAUUGGACACAGAAAGCAUCAUUGCUGUUCAUCCAGAGAUCCUCUGUGACUUUUACUUGGAAUGUCCAGGGGUGAGCUCUGCUAGCAGCCGAAGGUCUCUAGCUUCCUUCUGCUUCCUGCAGAUCCUCCCGGUUCCCCAUCCCACCCACACCACAGCCCGUGGGGCUCCCAGCUCAGACCAGAUCCCAUGGAUCCACGGGAGAAAUGGAACGCAGCGUUGAAUUCUGGGUCUCCCCGGCUGACCAUUACUGCCGCCUCCCAGGAGGUCGUGUUGGUCUCUGAGCCUUGCUCCUCACAACAGCUAAGGAUGAGCUUCAGCGCACCAAGCCCUGGUGCGGGCACCAGUGCCCCUGCGCCUCUGCCCGAGGGGCUGGCCCAGCAGCACUACAGGGAGGAGAAGAGUCUGCUGCGGCAAAGGCGCUGGGAGAGGCUGGGGUUAUCGCAGAAGAAGAAGGGGUUCCGGGGCCAGGGCCACAUGAGACGCAGGCACCGCGACCACAUGGCCCCUUAUGCAGUGGAAAGGAACACCGGAUCGUCUGUAGAUGACAGAGCUCACAGUCGGAUCCGAUGUGAUUGUCGAUACUGCCAGGGCCACGGGCAGCAUGCGGGGGUCUCUGGGGAAAGAAAUGCCACCGGCAGUUCCUCCUCCUGGGACUCGCUGGUACAGGGCCUCAGCGGCUUGACCCUCAGCAUGGGCACCAACCAGCCUGGCCUUCUGCCAGAGGGGGCACAGCAGCAGCAGCAGCUGCCGAGGCUGCUGCCCCCUGAAGAGAGGUGCCCACGGGAGAGACAGCAGGAAAACAAGAAGAUGUUCCAGAGGCUGCUCAAGCAGUGGCUGAAAGACAACUGAAACGGUGGUGCUCAUGGGACAGAGACUGAAGGGAGGCAGACAUGCUGUGUGGUCAGCCCUCUUGGGCACCAGUGAGCUUUCCUCAUAGGACUCCCUAGCCCUGUGCUGACCAGAAUCCUCUCAGCUUGACAGUUCAGUCACUCACAGGAAGUCCCUCAUCUCUCCUGCCUGAUGUUUUAGGAUGGUUGUGAGGCAUUCUGGGGCAUGGGAGACAGCACCCCAGUGGUCCUCACCUCAUCACAUGCUGUCCCUUUCUCUGCCUGGCUCUCCGUCUUUGCUCCCUACCGUGUGCCAGUAAGAUAGAAGCUGUCUCUGUGGUGUGACUGCCUUGUCCAUGUCCAUGUGCUUUUGUGCCAUUUUCUGGACUGCCAACCAGGAGCAGUGCUCUGUCAGUUUGAAGUGGCAGGACGUGACACUGAGAUCCGGGUUCAAGAAUCUGCCACGGAAAGCAAGUGUGGGAAAGGGAUGUCAAUUUGGACCUUGGUGGGUCACCAUUGUACUGUCUUUGUAAAGUAUUAUGACUAUGAUAAACUAACUGUAAGUAAACGUUUUCCUGCUCCUUCACAGUUGAGUGUUCUCCCACACAGGGCUUUUUCAUAGCAUCAGAAAUACCAAAUAAAUGUGCACGUGAAAGGAAACGACCUUAAGAAUUGAGGUUUGUGAAUCGAUAGUGGUUUGUUUCUUAUGGGAUCUGAGAUCACUACCUUGAAAUCCCUGGCCAGUGAACUGGAGCCUGCAAGAGGCACUCAGCACUGGGAGAUGGGGGUACACUGGGUAGAUGGGAAUAGAGUGGUUGGGGAAUGGGAAGAGAGAGAACCUGCUCCAGUCACUGUUGGAGGCAUUGGCAGGGACCAGCCCCUGGAGCAGGCAGCCAGCGAGGUUGUAAGGGAGUCCUCCUGCCCACAGGAGACUGGAAGCAGUCUCUACUUGCCCCGGUAGGAGCCCUGAGGCUUGGCACAGAUGUUCUGGCUGAGGUAUCCCAAGGCCAUUCCUUGUGGCCUGGGGCA